UUCGGCCUAGUGCGCAGGCGCGGGGAUGGACGGGGACCGCGCUAAGCGAGGGGCCCGGCCCGGGGCCGCCGGCAAGGAGAGCGCUAUGGGAGGCAACGGAGGCCUGGAAAGGAAAAUUUAUAUGGAUUAUAAUGCAACCACCCCUCUAGAGCCUGAGGUGAUUGAAGCUAUGACGGAAGCCAUGCAUGAAGCGUGGGGCAAUCCCAGUAGCUCCUACAUAGCAGGCAGAAAAGCCAAGGAGAUUAUAAAUGGAGCCCGGGAGAAUCUGGCCAAGAUGGUGGGAGGAAGGCCUCAGGAUAUAAUUUUCACUUCAGGGGGAACAGAGGCAAAUAAUUUAGUGAUCCAUUCCUCUCUGCAACUCUUCCAAGAAGGCAGGAGGCAAGUACGGGGCAAGCCCGAGGAGCAUGAAAUGCAUGUCAGUAGUCCUAAGCCGCACUUUAUCACGUCUACUGUGGAACAUGAUUCCAUCCGCUUGCCUCUGGAACAUCUGGUGAAAGCGCAUGUGGCAGAAGCCACCUUCGUCCCGGUGUCCAAAUUGAGUGGGCAAGCAGAAGUCGAUGACGUUCUUGCCGAGGUCCGCCCUACCACGUGUCUGGUGACCGUAAUGUUGGCUAAUAAUGAAACCGGCGUUAUAAUGCCCAUAUCCGAAAUCAGUCAGCGAAUCCAGGUCUUGAACCAGAAAAGAGCAGUUUGUGGGUUGCCUCAUAUCUAUGUUCAUACGGAUGCAGCACAGAUCGUGGGGAAGAGGCGAGUGGAUGUGCAGGAGUUGGGAGUCGAUUUCCUUACCAUCGUGGGGCACAAGUUUUACGGUCCCCGGAUUGGAGCCUUGUAUGUGCGUGGGCCUGGUGUCACCACCCCUCUGUACCCUAUGUUUUUUGGAGGUGGACAAGAACGGAAUUUCCGACCAGGGACAGAGAAUACUCCAAUGAUUGCUGGUCUCGGCAAGGCAGCAGAGCUGGUACACAAAAACUGUGAUGUUUAUGAGGCCCACAUGAGGAAAGUUAGAGAUUACCUGGAGGGCCAGUUAGAAGCUGUUUUUGGAAAAGCAAGAAUCCAUCUGAACAGUCAACUUCUAAGCUCCGAGCGCCUCCCCAAUACAUGUAACUUCUCCAUUAAGGGUCCACGGCUCCAAGGCAGAAUGGUGCUUUCACGCUGCAAAACUCUCCUGGCCAGUGUUGGAGCAGCAUGCCACUCAGACAAGGGCGAUCAGCCAUCGUCGAUCUUGCUGAACUGCGGUAUUCCCUUUGACGUGGCCCAGAACGCCCUCCGCCUCAGUGUAGGGAGGAACACCACCAAAGAGGAUGUGGACUGCAUCGUCGAGGACCUGAAGCAGGCGGUAGAGCAGCUGGAACAGAGCUGCGCCUCUUAGACCCGACAAUCUAGGGAGCAAGCCUUUCUGACAUCACCCCUGAGGGAAAUCUAAGCAGAUGUUUUACCUAGAAAUUGAGGUUCAAGAGGUUAUCCUGUUCAAAGUUGGAAUUCCUUCCGCUGUGAAGAUCAAAGUCACUGUGGUUGAUCCAGACCUAUCCAAAGUCCUUAGAAAUUUGGAUGUUUCAGGUACACGAAUAUCUAUGGCCUGAAGUGUCCUAGAUAAUUGUAGGCAGUGUAUUUUUUAACCCAGACUUAUCCAGGUAAUUGGACUCAACCCAGAGGAGAAAGAAGGUCCUUAAGGAAGGGCCCCGGAAGGACAGGUAGACGUUGAGAGGGCUUGAUGCGGGGGUGACGAGGGAGUCGAAGAAAAGCGGGGCCAAAACUAGAUCCUCUGGAGGUUGCUUUUGAGGAAGGGAGAUAGAGGUUUGGCGUCUAUCUCAUCAGCUUCUUCUCCUGUGACGAAUGCUUGCCCCUGUUUCCUCUUCCUCCCUGGUGGCUGCUUCCACUAACAGAAACUCAAGGAAAUAACCCUCAAGAAUAGCUUACAGACACCCGAGAGAGCAGAGGUGGGCGACCGGAAUUGUGCAUGGGGUCUUCCCAGCUGGAAGGCCAAGGAAGCCUCUGCUGUUGCUCUUUUGCUCCUCUCACCUUUCUCCGUAGCAGUGUCCUUCGGUUCGAUAACAGCGCUGCUCAUGGUGAGGCAGUAUGUGUGAAGGAGACUGUCUUGGAGGGAGAAUCUCUUGCACGCUUCGUCCCUGGAAAUUCUGGCUCCUGGCCAUUUGCCUGGGCAGUCCUCAGACACCAGUGAUUAAGAGGGGAAGGAUGUCCUAAUGCCAGCAGGAAAAUACCUUUAUCAUGACCUCUGUGGAAUGCAAUUAGCUGUCCAACACUGAAGUGAGGCUCAUGGGAAACACAGCUCUGCUUGGCGAGACCUGCGAGGAGAUGGAUGACAGCAGGAUUCCUAAGCAGCUCCUGCAAGAGAUGAACCGAAAGAGGGUACACACAAGCCGGGAAGGGAGAAGAAGCUAUUUAAAAGCCCAGCAAGGUGUUUAUACAAGUCAUUAGAACUAUUAUCAGUUCCUUCUACAGGGUUUUAAUCCAACACUCAUCCAUCGUUCCUUCACAUACACCGAUAUUUCGGACGAUCUGGGGCGUUGCUGGUACUAUUUCACCUCUGACUCCCUCUUCCCUGUAGCCGAGACCUCUGAGAGAUUCCGUAGCAUCAGAGUUGAUAAUGUAGAAGGCUAGUCUACAGUGCUCUGCACACCGUAAGCGCUCAAUCAGUACAAUUGAAUGAAAGUUUUGAAUACUUGAGAGACACCUAUUUCUACAGAACAGAAAGGAGCAUGGAGUGAUUUCAGAUGAAGUUCCACACUCGUCAGCACUGAUGGGUCACCAUUUGGAAUCUGAUUUUAUUUUUGGUACGAUUAUUUUUAUAAAGGGGUCACGUAACUUCCAAACGUGUGGCAAACAUUUUAUUGGUGGCCAAAAGGUAGGCUCAUGGAAUUCUUUUAAUGGCAUAAUUUAUUCAGUAUAAAAUAACUACUAUAGAAUGAUCCUCAGGAAAAGGAAGUUUGUUUCAUAUUUUGUUGAUUAAAUAUUCUACAGUGUG